AUGAAAUCGGACCGGCUGCUCUACUAGACCGAUUUACAACAACAAACACGACGACCGUAGUUUAGUUAACUGUUUAUUAUGAGUAGUUUCUCUGAUUUCUAGACGACGCAAGAUCUGUAGUGACUAAAGGCGUCUUAACGAAAUCGUAGUGGGCCUUUGUGCCCUUUAGGGUUUAACCUGCUCAAGAACCAACCAUCACCAUGACAACCCUUCCUAGAUUAACCACACUGGAGACACCAGUCAAUGUUCUUCCAUCUUCCCAACCACCAAGCAUGGUUCAUCGUUCAAACUCCAAGACAUUCAUUGGAGGAGAAGCCAAAGGAUUAUCUAAAUCUUGGGAUGAGAGGUUACUACAGAGUGCAAAUGGAGAGCGACCAUUGCCUCGAUUAAAUCCACUCCGACCUCCAAGACUGAGUAGAACAAUGACUCUAGAAACUACAGACUCUCAUUACCAGAAUGAUUUAAGAAGUCUGCUAAUGAAGAGGGAACAGUACCAUAAGUCUCAUAACAAAUGGAUGAAGCCAUUUUAUGGCUCCAAGGUGGAGCAAGAAGAUUACAGGAAACACAUUCGAGAAGUUCUGAAGAGUCAGAUGACUGACCGAGAUGCAAACUAUCGACGUUGUCUUACUGAGCGAAUGGAGGAAAGUGAUCGAGCGAUUGGAUACGAUAAGAGAUGCUUACAAGAUGAUCAAACAGCAUUUCAGAAAAAAUCCACAUAUCUUCGGCAAUUUAGAGAUGAGAACAAAAAGUUAAUGGAAAUAAAAGAACAACAGUUGAAGAUGGUAAGAGUACAGACAAACCAACAGGAGGGGGAACUAUUGCGAUAUAAUCCAAUCAACUGGAGUCAGACACUACGGUAACAAUCUACCAUCAGUCAGCAAAUAAUCCAUGUCAAAAAUAUAGAGCAUUGUAAACUUUCUGCAAUAAACCUGCAUUUAGAGCAAAAUGAAGACCACAUGGAUACUUGGUGUUCAUCAGCAUUAAUAAAGCAUUGUUAUUAGUACCUCAAUAUGGCUCCAAAAUGUGCUGACUUAUACAUGUUAAAUCCAAUACUCUGCCAGUCAUUAUCGCAUUGAUAGUCGUUACUUUCAGAAUUAUUACAGUCAUUUUAAUAUGUAUGCAUUACCAGUUUACCAGCUUCAUGCGAAAAUAAAUAUGAAUUUGCAUUAUUUGAUUAAUAUUCGCAGAGGACUAUCUGAUUGGUUUCAGCAAUGAAUUUGUGGUUGAUUUUGCAUAUAAAAUGUAAAUCUUAGUCGUCUACAGUUGAAAUGACAUUAAGCAAUUAAGGCACAUAACAUGAAUAUAGUUACAAACGAUUGCAACCAAUCAUGGAACAUGGAGUUGAUGGCAUGUUGAAUUAAUUCAUCAAUUAUGAAAAUCACAAUUUUUUUAAAUUGACAC